UGCGUCGCCGGAGCAGCGGAGCGCCUCCGAGCGGCUGGCGGGCGGGCGUUUGCUCCGCCCACUCCCGGCCCGCCGCGCCGGUCCCCAGCUCCUUCCCUCUCCGCCCGUUCCCGCCUCCCUUCCUUUCCGCAGCCGAGGCGACGGGAGCCGAGCGCCAGCGGACUGAGCCGCGGCCGCAGCCAGGCGGCGGGCGCUGAGGAGGCGGCGGUGGGGCGGGCCGCGGGCGGUCAGGCGGGAGGCGGCCGCGGCGAUGCGGUGGCCGCGCUGAGACCGCCAGCUCCCGGCUCCGGCCGCGCGAGGCGGCCCGGGCCAGGCGGCAGCAUGCGGAGCGGCGAGGAUCUGGACGGCUUCGAGGGUGAGGCCUCGAGCACCUCCAUGAUCUCGGGCGCCAGCAGCCCGUACCAGCCCACCACCGAGCCGGUGAGCCAGCGCCGCGGGCUGGCCGGCCUGCGCUGCGACCUCGACUACCUGCGCAGCGCACUCGGCUGCCUCAAGGUCGCCCAAGUGAUUUUGGCCCUGAUUGCAUUCAUCUGCAUCGAGACCAUCAUGGAGUGCUCCCCGUGUGAAGGCCUCUACUUUUUUGAGUUUGUGAGCUGCAGUGCAUUUGUGGUGACUGGAGUCUUGUUGAUUCUGUUCAGUCUCAACCUUCACAUGCGGAUCCCCCAGAUCAACUGGAACCUGACAGAUUUGGUCAACACUGGACUCAGCACUUUCUUUUUCUUUAUUGCUUCGAUUGUACUGGCUGCUUUAAAUCACAAAACCGGAGCAGAAAUUGCUGCCGUGAUAUUUGGCUUUUUGGCGACUGCCAUGUAUGCGGUGAACACUUUCCUGGCAGUGCAGAAAUGGAGAGUCAGCAUCCACCAGCAGAGCGCCAAUGACUACAUCCGAGCCCGCACAGAGUCCAGAGAUGUGGACGGUCGCCCCGAGAUCCAGCGCCUGGAUACAUGAGGACCUGCCAGAGUCUUCCUCCCUCUCACCCAUCCUUUCAAUCAAGUUCUUUCCGUCAUUAUGUCAGAUUUUCAUGUGAUAAAUUUGAAUUUUGUCCUCUUUGGUAAAAGUUUAUUUUGGGAAAGGGUUUUCAGAGAGGCCCUGUUGGCAGGUAUUUGAGGCAGGGAGCCCCCCACAACUAGCUGUUCAGACAGAGGUGGGUGGGAGAGUCCUGAUUCUCCAGCGUUUGUUUGUCACGGGAGCAGCCAGCCUCACUGGCCACCAUGUCCACUUUAGGUCUUCAGUGUCCCUAGCACAGGCUUCACAUCUGUUCUCAGCCACCCUGUCAUCUGUGUUUGUGACAAGUUAAGACUUUGGAUUAAAUAGGAGCUGCCAGAAGAGGGGGGAAAAAUAAAGGAAUGAAAGGACAGGGUUGGAGCAGUCAGUCAGCAGCUGCUGCUGGGCAGCCCCAGAGUGCACUCAAGGCCAGCGUUUAGUCUCUGCCAGGAUCCUCCCUACCCAUCCUCCUCCAUGACCUGGGCAUCAAGACAGCAAGCCAGGCACGGAAAGCCAUGUGCGACGCUGGGGUCUUGGCAGUGUGCUGGUGGAGCUUUUUGCUGGGUCUGGACUUUGUGGGGAUGGGAAAAGCUGAUGUCCUCUUGGGACAACUCCACAGACCUGCUAGUAUGCGGGAAGGUCACUUUUCAUUUCCUACCCUGCUAAGAAAUCACUUAAUUCUUCUUCAAAUGAAUCACUUCCCUGAAUCCCAGAUUUUCCUCUGGGAAUAUGGGGACCAUCUUGUUUUUCAGUUUCCUACCUACCCAUAAUACCUUGAGGUUAAAUUGCAGGUUUUCUGUAAUUUUACCUUCUCAGGUAAAUGCCAAGGAAGAAAUACAGUCCAUUCCAUCAGCCAGAACACUUGCCUAUGUGCUGGCUUCACAGACCACGGCGGGGGCACACUUGUAGUUUGGGGGUGUGUGCUAGUUUUCAAAUGCCUGAGAAGAGUUCUAACAGGAUUCCAAGCAGAUGUGUCUAGACUUUGAAAACACUUGAAUCUGCACCAUGACGCGUCUUCUCCUGUUGUUUCAGAAGGCACGAACUGCAGUUUUUGUGCCUCAGGGUCAUAACUAUGAACAUUGAUCUUGGAAGGUGUUGGGAAAAAUUCUAGUUAUGUAAGGUUUUGAAUUGAUUCUUGAUAAGUGAAGAUUAUUGUGGUGAACAAGUUAAAUGAGCCCCGAUGAUGCUGUAGUUAAUUUUUGUUUGUUUCGUGUUGGAGACUAAUUGUAUCUUUUAUGGAAAAAUUGUUAUAAGUUGUCAGGUUUUCAUUCUUUUGAACCGUUUUUAAUGUUUACAGACUUCACUCUAGCUCUCCUGUUCCAUGUUCCUCACCAAGGAAAAAAACGCUUAAAUGCUGGUGGGAAGCUUUUGCAGUAAAUGGAGAAUCCCCAGGAUGUUGUGCUAGCAUCUUACAAUCCCAGCGUUGGUCAUGUACUGAGUGUGUAAGAAGACACAGACUGUGGCUGUGUGCUUGGGGUGGGAGGGCAGCAUGUGAGAAAGCACCCUUCUGUGCCUGCAUGGCAUUGCAUUCUGAUUGCCCAGUGUGAAGGGGUUGGCCAGGUAAUGCUGCCAGGCUGGGGAUUCUGCAGGAAAUGGUACUGUGCUCUCUGAAGAGUCAAGGUUAGGCGUCAGCUCCUGAACCAAACACCCGGUACAAUCUAAGUUCUGCUCCAGUCCUUUUUGGGGCCGUGGCCCAGGCCACAUGUGCAGGCUCUUUGUCUGCUUCAGACCCAGCUGGUCUGGUGGCAGCUCACCUCCCCACUGCUCCCACAGAGGGCAGCCAGGCCUAGUCUCAGCCUGGUGUGCUGCCCAGCGGGUCUGAUAGCCCUCUUCCUACAUGUGUUGUGAGGCAGUGCAAAUCAUGCUUCACAUACUUUGAACCCAAACCUAUUACAUGUAAAGAUUUUUGAGGUGAUUAUGACAUCCAGAUUUUAUCUGUUCAUUUUAUGUAUGUAUUUUGCAUUUGUUGAGUGUGUCUGCAUAGUCAGGAUUGGGCUUAUCCCCCUCUGAGAGUUCCAUUUAGAAGCAGGGACACAAAGACUUCGAGGCUCAUUUAACUUGUUCACCUUGCAUUAAAUGGGGCCCUCUUGGAAGGACCACCCUGAACAUUAUCAGAAGUCUCCUGCUGGGAAUCAUGUUACUUGGCCUCAAUAAAAAGCUGCCUUUGAAGUGAGAUUGGAAAAAAAAAAUACCACUCAGGCAGGACAGUUGCCCAAGUUUUCCCAAGUCGCUUCAAUAAAACCAGUUUAUCAUGUGGUGAAAAGGAGUCUGUUGGCCUCCUGAGUGUGUGUUGUCAGUCGCAAGAAAUGUUCUGAAGUCCACCGAAACUGGAAAUGCUGACAGAGGAUAAAAGUGAUGACACCUUGUGCCAGAGGGACUUAGGAGUUAAGCUGUGUCUUUGCAUUAGAAUCUUGAAUUAUUUAUGUCCGUGUAACUAUUUAAUAUCCUUUGUGCCAUGAGUCUCUCCCAUGGUUUUUGUAAAUAUGUUUCUUUAUAUUUAAUAAGCUCCCCUACAACCGGAAAUGGCUAGGCCCACCCUAGCUGGCAUGAUGCAGAGUCCUACCUACCCAUAGGUAGGUGUGGUGGCGAGAAGUCAUGAAAGAUAUAUGGUUGUCUAGGACGCCUGUAAAGACACCUGUGUUUUUCUUACAUUGCCUCUGUGUGCAGACAAGAGAAUCUAGAUAUGGGGGUCUUAACGGGACCUUUUGUUUUAGAAAUGGAAGGAAGUGUAUUUUUGCAUUUAAUAGUUCCGAUUUGCACCAUGUCAGUUUGGUUUAGGGCAUUUUAAGUCUGAGGCAAUCUUAGUGGUCCUCAAUUUUCUGGUGGGAUGAUACUGGCUUUCACAGUUUGUGCCAAAGUUGAAGGGAUCUCCAGUUGCUGUGUACAUCUGAAUUUGUUUCUGGAGACUGUAUGGUUGAAACUCUCAAGCAUUUGGUGGAACUUCUUUUGGUUUUAGAUGGAUACAAACACUGACAUCUUCAGAGAAAGUUUACCUUGGCACAGAUUUUGUUGAUGUCAUUUUUUUCUUCUCUGAUUUUCCUUUAUCCUCCCUUCACACUGCUGAAGGCAUGGAGGGAAAAACCAUUUCUGUACACACAGAGAGAUUACAAUAAUGAAACCCGAAAGAUGCUUGUUAGCCCUAUAUAAAGUCAGAGAAACACAAAGGCAGUUGCAGAUGAAAAUUUACUAAGAGAAGUGAUUUAAAGUGAACUAUCUUACUGUAGACUUUACUUCUGUGCGGCAACAGUGGUCAUCCUGUAGAGAUACCUUCGCCUAUAAAAAGGUAUGAACGUAGUGGCCUGCCCAGUCCCAAUACGUGUGUCUUCCCUGGCAGCUUGAACUGAAGUGCCCACAUGGGCAGAGCCCAGCCUGGCUUCAGGGAGGCUGGCAAGGACUCUGCCUAGCUGUGAGUGCUUGGCUCUGUGGGGUGGACAGCACCCCCAGCUCUGUGAACGCCAUUAGCGUCCCCAGGUGGAAAGGCUCACGCCUGUGGGUAGGCAUGAAGUAUAUGCAACCUCUAUCCUGUGUUGGAUGCUUCUGGCAAGAGCUUUGUGACUUAGUUUAAAACAUUCCUACUUUAAAAAUUUGCAGUUUCAUUUGCCUUUCUUAGAAGCUUUCUAAGUCAUUAAGACUUGGGCUCUUGAGAAGAUGAGGCACUAACUCUUUUAAGUCUGCACAGGUAUGGGAAUUCUUGCUUGCAGUGAAUGAGCCUGGAAUGACCCCUGUAUGUUUAAUGCCUCAUGUGUGGCCCAAGCUCAUCUUUUCUUAGAGACACUCACAUGCUGGUCAGGAAGAAACCCCUCACCUCUCCAAGUGUCUGAGAGGUGGGCCAAGUCUGGCUGGGCAGGAUUUUUGUGGGUAGUUCUUAGAAGCUGUCCUCACAGAUUAGAGUGUGGAGACAACAUGUGGCUGAUUCUAGAAAUGAUUCUGAAAUGCAGUAAGAUUUAAGUGGUUCACGUUGUGCCAUCCGUGUUCAAAAUAAAGCAACCAUGGAGAGAGUCCUCAUCCCACUGCCUGACUCUCAUUUUCUCCUUAUCUUAUUUGCAGGAAACACGACGACAUUAAAUUGGUGGCAAAAGACAAAAACAUUUUCUAGGCUGAGGCUGCUGCUCAUUGAUUCUCUUGAGCAAAGAGUUGCCUCCUGCUCCAGGGACUGCCAUUAGUUUCUGAGGUCUCCAGACACCUUUUGAAUUCCUGGUGAAGUUUUCAGAACCCAGGACUUCUCUCUCAACAGCACCCACUCCCAGGGUCAGUGAGGUGGGAGGCUGGUGAGGUGGGAGCAGGGGCAGGUCAGGGAGGUGAGAGGAGGAGGGAAGAGGAGGCCCAUGACCCCCAGACUCCUUGGCCAUGAGACUGCUUGUGACACUGGAUGUGGUUACCAACUCCAGCAGUCUUGAAACAGUGUCCUUGGUUAACUGUCUUAUUAUCCCAUUGUCUUUGGAAAAGUGAGGGCUUUGUUCUGGAAUCAGCUUGAGAGCCAAGAGCUGAAUGUUGGGACUGGUGUGCCUCACUGCUCCAGGAAGGCACUUGGUGUUGACCUCUGGAGCUUGCAGGUCUGGACCGGUGAAUCAGAUUCUGGUUUGGAUGCCACCUUAGUAAGAACACUGCCUUGGGCUUUGUAAACUUCCCUGGCUCUUUAUAAAAUUGUGUGUUUCUUCUCUGCUCAGCAGACAUUGUUGAGAUCAUAAGGUAUUGUCUAAGAAAGUAAUUUGAAAUAUUUGGACUUUUAUGUUACUUUUCUUUAGAAACUGUGUCUAAAAGAAUGUACCAUCAAUAUCUUUUGGAUCUAGAAUUCCCUCCUGAAAGUGAAUGUUCUGUUUGAGUUUUCAUACCAGUAAAGGGCAUUUAUACAGUCUUAGGCUUGAAACAGAGGAGUGGGUCAUGAUAUAUUUUCCCUUCUUUGGUCUAGAUUAUGUUUUUAAUACAUUUAGAUAUAAUUUCUCAGCCUUGAGGAUUUCUUUUUCCUUUCUAGUUUUUCUCAUUCCAGAAACAUAACAGUAAAGCAAAAAGCUACCCACAAGCCCACUGAAUUUGAAUCCAUGGCAAUUUGCCUAGAAUAAAGCUUAGAUUAUGGAUCCUUGAAUAGUAUAUCUUUUCCAAAGGUUAGUUUGUUACACUUUUUUAUGCCAAGACUUGCUAUCUAGACACGUGGAGUGGUGUAUUUCAUUUGGGAUGCAUUAUACACAAAGGCCUGAGAGCCUUCAUUAAGGGGUUAAUAGCCGGCACUCUAGUGAGCUAUGAGAACUCCCAUGGUUCUAAUUUAGAGAGUAGGGACUUGCCUCAAAUUACCAGAAUCAGUUUUGUUGAUGGGAUUAGGGCAAGUACCAGAGUUUCUUUUCAUAAUUGUGCCUAAGAGGAGAGAAGGUGUGACACAAUUGAUUCUGAUAAUGGUUUGUACAGAUUCAGUAAUAGUCUGAACCUAUGAAAUCUGAGCCCUUUUUGUGGGCUGAAUGAGGAAGUGAGGAAAUGAGGACCCGUGGUGCCCAUGCCAGGCAAGGCCAGGUCUGAGAGCUGGGUGCUUCCUGUUUUUUUCCAGAAUUGAUUUUGCAGGUUUCAAGACUGUAUUCCACUCUCUACAGAAGUGAGGAAGGCAGGUGUUCAGGGAUGGACAGGAGAACUAGCUGGUCCAAGGGUUGGGGAAGGCGAGGGUAGAAUGCCUGGAUAACCCCCCAGUCUGGCCCAGCUCUGCAGAGGGGCCUCCUGCUUCCAACCUUCACUCCAUCACCCAUUUAAAACUGAGUUUUCAAAUCCUCAUGAUGAAACUGAUGUAUGUGGAUAAAACCAGUGCUUUUCAUAACUUAAUUUUGAUGUGGUUCCCUCUAAGAGAAUGUUAGGGAUUGAAACUAUUUGUAUAUGUUGAAAUUUGUAGGGGUUCAGGAACCCAUGGCAAAAACACAACUAUUUAUUACAGGUACGACUCUUUUUUUCCCCCCAAAAGUAGGUAAUUGUCUUUGUAUAUUUUAAGACAAAUAAUAAUCACUUCACCUUUGGUGCCUUCCGUGUGUCAGUCACAUAAACACUCUGUCAAUCAUGGAAUUGAAGAAAAGAUGUACAUUUAGUUAAACCAGAUAACACUAUUUUUGUAGCAUGAUUUUAGAUUGUGUCCUUGUAAUAUUGCUUUCAGUGAUGCUAGUUUUGAGGUUUGGCCAUUUUCCCUUUAAACUUUGUUACGUAUUAAAAAAUAAGAAAAGGAAAAAAACCCUUGUUCUUCUGUCUGCUCUGCUGCUGCUUUCUCCCCAGCAUCUCGUUUUCUGCUUAAACAAUCUGAGAGUAAGAGUAUAUUUCUGUGAAAUAAUUAUUAAUCAGUAUAAUUGCAUUUGGCAUUUUUAACUACUUGUGCAGUUUGGAGAGCCACUGCUCACCUCAGAUAGUAAGAGGAAAGUGCUUCCAUAUAAAAAGAACAGAGCAUAACUUCAGUGCUAUGACUUCCUGGCCUUCUUUGGUUCUAAAACGGUCCAGAGCCCCACUGUUGCAGAACGUGAUCCAGAGGGUGUUCUCUGGCUGGGGGCUCUUCCAGGACCAGCCCAGGCCACCCCCCAGCUCUGCUGCCUGGCUUCCCUGCUUGCGGGAGACAGUCUUCCGGGAGGCCUCUGGCUGGUCUCUGGUUCACCUCCCACCUGACCUCAGAUUGGUUUGUGGAUGCCCUGGGUGGGUUCUGUGACCCUUUCUGGUUUCCAGCAUGAACAGAAUUGAUCCCCUGCUGUGAGGAGCUUGAUGAGUCAAGACACAGCACUCCAGCUGCUCCCUGUGCUUUCCUACCCCCGUAGGCCAUGAGUUAUGUCUACUCAAGAGUGAUCUUGAGUAAACUAGCUGAGCCAUUGCAAAAUGAAUGAAUGGAUUUAUUAACACAUAAAACUAGCACCUUUUUUUGUCCUUUGAAGGGUCAGAAUAUGUAAUUAUUUUCUUAAAAGGAAGUCAGAUGGCUAAUAACUCCAAUAUGAUUUCUAAUUGGUAUUUGGCCCAGUGGGACUUUUGAGGGCAAUGUUAAUAACUAUUACAUUCUGCUGCUUAAAUGUGUUACCUUAAACAGUUUAAUCACAGCCAUGGGGCAUUCCGAGGUGAUGCCCAUUGGGCAAAAACUUUGUUUAUGCUGUUAGAUGGUCACAAUUCCCAUCCUGGCUUCUUGAACCAACACGUAUGUCUUUGGGUGGGCGCUGCUUGGCUCCGACUGGCUUUCGGCUCUGACUCCAUCCCUUUGGAGUGGUUUUGGGGCCCCAAAGCCUUUGCUUUUGUUGGUUUGUCCCUGAAAGUAGACAAAGCCUUGCAUUACCCAUGAUUUUUCCCUUUCUUUUGAAGGACCAAUUUUUCAUGGUACUUGUCUGGAUUGUUUUCAUAGUGUUCAAAUAUGUAUUUUUGUAUGUAGAGGGAAAUAAUUUUCUCAACAUUAAUCACUAAUAUUAUAUUAAACUGUCAAGGAAUUCUUGUCUAAUAAACGGAUGUAUAAAAAUGG